UAGGGUUUUUUGGAACAGAGGAAUGGCGCUGGCGCGACGUGAUCGCACCGAGGCGUUUAGGGAUGCCGUGCGGGCAGCGGCGGCAUCGAUUCCACAAUGUGAUGAGGUCAAGAUCGCCUCAUCUCUGAUAAUGCACAGGACACUGGAGCUUCUGCCUUUCACAGCAGCAGCAUUGGAGAUUCUUGGUCACAUUCGGACAAUGGAAUCGUUUAUUUUGGAGCGACGAAAGGAUUAUCUGGAUCGACAACGAUGUACUGAGGAAGAACGAGACAACAUCGAACACGAGGUGGGGUUAUCUGUCAAGGCUUGCAAGCAACGAAUUGACGACUUGAAGAACAGUAUCGCGGGUGGAAAAAAAUCGUUUUGGAAAGGAGCCGUAAACGCUGAUUUGAAUGCACACCAACACGGCAUAGUGUUGAUGCUCAGCGAGAAGUUGCAUGCAGUGACAACCAUAUUUGAUGCCUUAAGAGCUUCCAGGUUUCAGAAGGCGCUGGAUAAAACACUACCAAAACGAAGGCCUCACCUCCAAUCUGCCACUGCUCAGCUGGAAGCCGAGCUAUCCAACAGAACCGCUGCUGCUACUUCGUUCAAUAGGGAAAAUCUUCAAGAACUUCAGCCUUCCCAGGCACAGAUUGUUCUUGACAGCGAGACUAGAGCUCUGCAGGAAGAGCUGUCCAACCUUCUAGAUACAGCGGAAGACACUGAAAGAAAGAUGCUCGAGGUGUCGGCUUUAAACCAUCUCUUCUCUUCGUACGUCUUCCAGCAAUCCCAACAAAUCGAGCUUUUGUAUCAGCAGGCCGUUGAAGCGACUGAAAAUGUCAACAAGGGAAACAAGGAGCUCAGGAAGACGAUCGAGCGGAACACGAGCAGUCGAACGUUUCUCCUUAUGUUCUUGACUAUCCUUCCGCUGUCGCUGCUCUUCCUCGACUGGUACAAUGGCUAACAAUAAGUUUCUGAAAGAUGGUAGCAUCGCUCUGUGUUUCUUCGACUGGGCUUCAGCUCGCGAGCCUCUGAAGGGUAACCUGUAAGAGUGAAAGCUGUGCUUAGGGAACACCUCGCUUGGGAAAGGAAGCUCGAGGUGUUCUGCAAGAGAUGCACGACGACGGCUACACUCUUAAAAAGAAGGAAUACGCGUCCAUUGUCUCGGGCGUGCUUAAGGACCGAGAGGCAUCGUACAGGACAUGACGAGCAACAAGAACUUCAGUCACUCGGUAAUCUUAUCCGAACGUGUUACGACAAGGUUGCUUGCCUUGAGAUUUUCAAGAUGAUGGUCGCUCAAGCUGGAUUGCAAAACAAAGAGGAUGCCGUCCAGAAUGGCAGUUGACGACGGGGCCUAGGCAUUGUUGAGCCUGCUGAAGGAGAGUGAUUACAACAUGACUAUAGACUUGCUGCGUGUCUAGAGCAAGCAUGCAAUGUUCUCGACAAGAAAGCUUCAGGUUACGCUCGUUAUUAGUUCCUUCAGGCAAUGUCUUAAAACGCUGGGAAUUGCAGAUAACUUAUGUU